GCAUCUAGAAUCUUUACAUUCUAUAAUUUUGUGUAGUCGAGAAGAAAAUUCAUUGACUCGUCCCUGUAGAAGUUAAAAAAAAACAACCAUGUUGAGGUCACGUCUCGCUAAUUUGCCAAAAACUGUUAAGCGUAAUAUUAGUACUAAUAUUCCUGCAUUGCAAAAAGCAACUGAUCCCAUACAACAGCUCUUUCUUGACAAACUCAGGGAAUACAGGUCAAAAAGCGUAAAUGGAAAAUUAGUUGAUCCUAGUCCAGAAAUAAUAAGUGAACAACAGUCUGAACUAGAAAAACUGAAUGUGCAGUAUGGUGGUGGUAAAGGAAUAGAUAUGACACAAUUUCCUCAAUUCAAAUUUGAAGAGCCAUCUGUGGAUCUUGGUCUUGACAAAAAGUAAAUAUGUUAAUAUAUAUUAUAGAAUAUUCGUGUAUCAAUGGUUAAACCAUUAAAUAUUAAAUAAUUCAUUGCAAAAAUAAAUAUACUAUUAGAGCUGAA